AACAGUGAGGCACGCUUGGGUGUGCAAGAGGCCUAGUGGUGCUUUGGAUUGAAAUCUGACGCUUGGUUGUCUAAAAAGGACAUGGCAGUUAUAAUUUUAAGAGAUUUCUGGAUGUUGAGUUUCCAGAUAAGAGAAUCCAUUCCUGUACAAGAAAACUCACACAGAGUAGUACAUCAGAUCUUGAUAUCUGUUCAAUUUUGGCCUCCGAAUUUACAAAAUUUGCUGAGGUGCAGUAACCCAUAGCAAUGAAUAAGAGUUUUAUUUUUAAACAGAUUACCAGAAAUACUACAGCUGAUUGGCUGCCAUGGGUGAUUAGCCUUGUAAAAAACGUUGCACCUUUAAUUACAUUACCCUAAAAGUGCAUAAUGUAGAAAUGUUGGAAACCAUAAUGUAUAAUGUCUAUAGGAGAAAACUUCUGUAAAGAGAACAUGUAGAUUUGAGACAAAGCUUUGCUGCUAUGAUGCGUCAUUGUUUGCAUGGACCAGUAUAUGAUAAGACUAUUCAGUUCUAUUAUCAUUGCCGUCACUCUCUACAUACGUGACUUAAUGUAUGUGGAUAUAAAUUAUAUCAGACAAUAUAGAUUCCUUUUCGUCAUUUCUUUGUUUAGAAGAUUAGAGUUUGGGCAUAAGGUAUAUGAGCCAAUAGAAAAGUGACUAUGUUACAUUUUUGCCUUUAAAAGGUAGUAGUUCAGUUGCAGAAUACCUGAGCCACUUAUCCAAAAUGACUUUCUCUAGUGCUGAAAAGGCUGCUAUUGCCUCCCUCCGGGGUAAGGUGUCUGGCCAUACCGAUGAAAUUGGAGCUGAGGCUUUGGAGAGGUUGUUUUUGAGCUACCCUCAAACCAAGACCUACUUCAGUCAUUUUGACCUGAGCCACGGCUCCAAGGAUCUCCGUGGUCAUGGAGGAAAAGUGCUGAAGGCCAUUGGAAAUGCUGCCAGUCACUUGGAUGAUAUUCCUCAUGCUCUGGCCGCAUUUUUAAUUACAGCAUAAAAAUAUAGAUUCUGUAAUAUUUGUAAAUUCAAGUGAAGCAAAACAAUGUAUGGAAAGUGGACAGUAAUUAAAAGAAUAAAAAAAACAUAAAAGUAAAA